GACUUAGUAUGGGCCAGAAUAUUAUUGAACAACUAUAGAGAGGAUAGAACUUUCAACAAAGCUCAGUCGAGGGCCAACCUCUAUUUUACAACGUUGAAACGGGGGUUGUUCUUUCUUACCUUAUUCUUUGCGUCGGUUGGUAUCGGAGCGAGGUUGCUCAUGUAUUUUAAUGGAAAGUGCCCGAUUACGGUAGACGGCGGUCCUCGGGGUGAAGAUCGGAGGGCUUAG